AUGUAAGUUUCUAUAGAGAUUGCAACUUGGACUUAAAAUAACCAUGGGCUGUUUGAUUAUGAAUCGUAGGACCUAAAGAUUUCUAAAAUUGUGGUCUAAAAUUCAGUGUACUUAAUCCUUAAUAGUAUAAUUUUUGCUUAUGUUGAAAAUAGAGGAUGUAGUUGAAUAGUCAAAUGAUCAGAAUGAAAGGUGUAUAGGCAAAAUAAGUUUUGAGAACGGUUAAAUAUGUAUUAAUAGUUUUGAAAAUAGAUUAUUAGAGCAACCCAAAGUUUUCAGACUCAUACGUGAAAUUGGACCCUAAAUAUAAAUAAUAGUUAUAGGUUGGAGACCUGUUUAAAUUUGGAAGACUGUAUAUAACAUAUAAUGAUUUAGUGAAUAUUUUAUAUCAGAACUAAACAAUGGAGAGAAGGUUCAGACUGCACAGGAUCAUUAUCAUUUGGAUCGUCACAUCAAACCUGGAAAAAUUUAAGGGAAUAGACAAUGCAAGUUUUGUUUGAUGGAAGAGGUGGACUAGGCUGAAGAUCCAACUAAUCCAUAUUUAACGAAUUUGUGUGGUUGUUUAGGCAACAUGUCCUAUGUUCAUUAUGACUGCUUGAAGUCAUGGAUCAAUUUCAGUAACCGUAUUGCAUAUAAGUAAACCGUAAAUACUGUGUAAUAUAACUGGAACUAAGCAUUAGAAUGUGAAGUAAUGUUAUUAUGAAUUAUGUAAUCCAGAUAUGUAAAGUUCCUUUGCCAGCAAGAAUUUAUCUAGAGAAUUAACCAUAACCACUUCAAUUGGUUUCAAUAGAGAAACUAGAUGGGCCAUACGUGAUUCUUGAAUAGAUAACUCGUCAGGAUAAUUUAUCAAAAAGUUUAAUAUUCAUUCACUCCUUUGGAACAAAUGCUAUAUCUAUUGGUAGAGGUCACAACAGCGAAGUCAGGUGUCAGGACAUAUCUGUAUCUAGAAAUCACGCUAAUAUUUCAUUUAAUAAUGAUGGUUGGCAAAUAUAGGAUCAGAUGAGUAAAUUUGGGACUCUGAGAAUAAUACGAGAUAAAUUAUUAAUAGAUGACGAAAUAAAAGAAAUUCAAAUAGGUAGAGUGCUACUGAAAAUUAAAUUAAUCUGA